AACUCGGUCUACAGCAGCAAGUUUGGAAUCUACUCGCCUGGUUGUGGAUUGGAGAAUGUGAUGCUGUGCUGGGGCCAUGAUGAGUAUCUCUACCACAUUGUCAAAGAUCAAUCCACUAUCCCUGCUGAGGGGUUGGCUAUGAUCCGAUACCACUCGUUUUACCCAUGGCACCGCGAGGGCGCUUACCAUGAGUUGAUGAAUGAACACGACGAGAAAAUGCUCGAGGCUGUGCGGGCGUUCAACCCCUACGACUUGUACAGUAAGAGUGACGAGGUUCCGGAUCCUGAGAAGCUGAAGCCUUACUACAAGGAGCUCAUUGAUGAGUACUUCCCAAAGAAGGUCCUUAGAUGGUAA